CCUCCUCCUCCUCCUCCGGCAAUCUCCGUCAUCUCCUCCGCUUAUCUCUGGUUUUGAAUUUGAUUGAUAGCGAAUGGGGAAAAUCAAGAAAGUGAAUCGUAAGGCUCGCAUUGCUGCUGCUCCUUACCCACCACCACCUUCGUGUUGCAAGAAAGAAUGGGCAGGCUCAACAUGCCCAGUAUGUUUGGAGUCUCCACACAACGCUGUUCUUCUCCUGUGCUCCUCCUAUCACAAAGGAUGCCGUCCUUACAUGUGCGCGACGAGCAGCCGUUUCGCCAACUGUCUCGACCAGUACAAGAAGUCAUACGGUAACGAAGACUCAGAGCAGCCUCAGCUUCUGUGUCCGCUCUGCAGAGGUCAGGUGAAAGGCUGGACUGUCGUGGAAGACGCCCGGGUGCAUUUCAACUCCAAGAGAAGGACCUGUAUGCAGGACAGCUGCUCCUUUGUGGGGAAAUUCAAAAACCUCAAGAAACACAUGAAGGAGAAGCACCCAGACGCUUGCCCCAGGGCCAUUGAUCCAGCUCUUGAAAGUAAAUGGAAGAGGCUUGAGAGGGAGAGAGACAGAAGAGACGUGAUAAGCACGAUAAUGUCGUCGAUCCCGGGUGCUGUUGUGUUGGGAGAUUAUGUCAUUGAGCCUCGUAACGGAGGUGUUUAUGAUGACGAAGAUGACGAAGAUGAUUACAGCUCAGAUGAUGAUAUGAGCAACAACGGUGUAUUGAAUCUAGAUUCAUGGCAAGGACAAGGCCAUCACAUUCGUUUUAUAGAUAUGGAUGCAAGCGACUUCGCAUCGUCUUCUCGAUCUCAUGCUUCUCCAAGCGGUUUGCUCUUACCAAGGGACCAGAGAGGCGGCAAUAGAGAUCGGUAACUUUGACUUAACCGAAGCAAGUUCAUGUUCAGUCUCCUUUGCAUAUAUCUCAAACUCUCUCCAGCAUUACAAAGUGGCUUCAAAUUUGCAGGAGCAGUAUAAAAGGCUAACAUGACUUAAGCCAAUUAGCCAUACAGGAAAUUGAUUUUAAAAGAAAAAACUCGCAUUGUCUCUUUUUAUUUAUUUUAAUGUAAAUUAUGUAUUCUCUGUAAUUGUUUUAUUGUUUCAGCAUUGUUGUACUCUAAUGAGGCAUGAAAUCUUAUGCCUUUUCUCAAUUUCAUUUUUAUUUCA